UGUAGUUCAUUAUCGUUACAGUCAAAGCCUUUAUCGAAAGGUGCUAACUCAGCUCAAGAAAACAACAAUUAGAUAUUAUUUUGAAUUCUUCUCGGUGUUGAAAAAGUGCUUUCAUUUGGUAUUCGAUUGAAUUAACACCAUAUGCGAUGGGUACUGAGCUCAAUAACCGCUUUUUAGAACACCAAGUGAGCUAGCUAGCUAGAAUUAGCCCUUUUAGAGCCGCGUGUGGUUGCUUAGCGACGUAGAAGCCGCGAGCGCUGCUAGCUGGUAGCCUAGCCGCUUGUCAGAAGGACACACAGAACAAGGACUUCAGAAACAACAACUGGCACAGCAGUGACCUUAGCAUAAAUUAUUCACAUAAGAUAAAGCGAUAUAAACAAGUUCAGUGAGAGACGGGCAUUAAGUUUGGAUAAGUCUCGUUCACGUCCUGACGAAACUUGCAACCAUUUAAAGUGAAAAGUGUGUUGCCAACUGAAUGCCAAGAAUAUAACAAAGAUAAGGUUUCGCGGAAACACCAACAGCAGCAGAUGUUCUCACACUCGGUAUUCACCCAGAGGGGACGGAGAUAGGAGAGCAGAGAAAGAGAUGCAAAGAGCAGACAAGGUCACAGUUCCUGUGGACUGUCUUUGAAAGCGAAGACUCUGGUUACACUCCUCCUUCAGAUGGCGUUCUGCCUGGCUGAGCUGCACUUAUGGUCCACGAAGAACUCACUCCAAGUUAAAGAUACAGAUAUUGGCACCUAUCAGUACUACGAUAAAGGAGAGCCAGCCAAUCCCCUGGAGCAUCACUACUACAAUGAGAAACUCCAGUUCUGUGAAGCUCGAGGCUAUUUGUGGACCCCCAAGAACCGCCGGCCAGAGAAGCUGCGCGACUCGCUGAAGGAGUUGGAGGAGCUGCUGCAGAGCAACACCUGCGUUCACACCAGAUGGAGAAGCAAGUACUGCUGCCAGAUGAUGUUGAGCAAUGGAGUGCUGGUGACUGUCACCCUAAAAGGAUCUCAACUCGAUCAAGUGUGUGUAGACCGCACGUUAGUGGGUCGACUUCCUGCCAGCACUGUGACUGAUGCGGUGCUGAGCGAUCGGCUGGUUCUGCUGUCUUUCCUGGAGCAGAGCCAGGUCGCCGGCGUCUACCUGAACAAGAAGAGCCAGGAUUCCCUGGAGACUGGCAGGCGAACAGACAAACUCUCAUCUUCUGAAAUUAAGGUGAUGUGUGUGGAGGUGGGCGGGCCGGGUGGAGGACUUCGCAGGCGUGUAACUCUCAGCCGUCUCCAGGACGUGGCGCUCUGCUGGUGGACGCUGGACGAGCUCAGCGAGGGGAUGUGGCCGUGGACUCCCACAGACACACACAAAAACAAUCUGUUCCUGAUAAGCUGCUCACCUACUGAAGGACUCAAGGUCCUUUGCUCUAUCCGGACAACAGGCAACCCCCUGGACUGCUGCUUCAGCCAGCUUCAGCACUACCAGAUGCUGACAGUGGAGUUACCAGCUGGACCUCAAAGACUGUCCGCUGUUACCUGUGUGUAUGAAUGCGCACGAGGGCGCCUGCACCGCACAUCCAUCAUUUCCAUCCCACUGCCAUCGCCUCCUCUCUCCUGCUCUCGUCACCCAUGUGAGACCACAGUCCUCCUAGGCUUGAGGGACUCCUCCUUAGUGCUCUACGACCAGAGACGGGCGGUGUCGAUCUUGGCCUCCUGCCCUGUACCGCCCUUGUACAUGGUCUGGCACCCUGCGGGGGCUGUUGUCAUUAUGGUGGGGGGGCAGGAGGAAGUGAUGUGCUUUGAUGUGGGCUUGGCACCUUUAAACAUGGCGCUGGUAGCAGAAGAAGCCGCUCCCGCAGCCACAUUGAGACUAACUCAGCACCUGAACUGCUCUGGAGGCCUGGCUGGACUGCAGUGGGGAGCUGGUUUUGAUGAUGGACCGGAGGGGACAGAUACCCUGACUUUGGUCUUUAAUGGAGGACCAUUAGCUGCCUUGAAAUUCAGACUAGGAGCUCUAACUGGAGGCCAGCUGGGCCAUGUGGAGUUGUUGCAGCAGCGGCUCCGUUGCGGUCAGGUCAGAGAGGCGCUGGGCAUCCUGGAGGCCAUGGACUGGAGCAGCAUGGGGGACGAGAGCUACCAAGCCCUGAGCUCUGUGACCAACCACCUGCUGAGACUGCCGCUCAACGCAGACAGGGAAGCCCAGCUGGAAGCAGCCCUGCGGGUGUUUUACGCCCCGGCUGCCCCUCUGUCCGAUACAGUGGUACUGGAGUACAGGGAGCCGGUCACCAAGUACGCCCGCCGCCUUUUUCACCACCUCCUCAGGCAUCAGCGUUUUGAGAAGGCUUUCCUCCUCGCUGUUGACUUGGAAGCUCGAGAUUUGUUCAUGGACCUCCAUUAUGUCGCCAGUGAUAAGGGCGAGGUGGUGCUCGCGGACGUGGCCAAGAGGAAAGCUAAUGAAAUCGAAGCCCGGGCCAUCGCAGGCAACGGUGUUCUUCAGAGAGGCACCAGUGCUGCUUGUGGUUCCAGCUGGAGUCACAGAGAACCAGAUGUGGACCCGAAGGGGACAGGUCCCUCCUCCUCAGACAACCCUCCAACACAAGCCGACGAACGGACCAGACAAAGGAGACCAGAGUCCGUCCAUGUGGCGGUCAGUCCAGAUCUGCUCAGAACGCUGAGACAGACAGGAAGCAGUGGCGGCAACAGACUAGGAGGGAACGAUGAUGAAGACCCCGGGAUGCUCCACGUAGUUCAUUUAGGGAUGGUUUGAAAAGAAAAAAAAAGAAAGAUUUUAUUCCCAAAAGGAGACAAUAUUAUUAUAUUCUCUUCAUGUAUCCCAAUAGAUGCACCUUUUUAUCUGAAAUGUUGUUUGUGCAAACUGGAACUUGAACAAAUAAAUUUAAAAAAAUC